GACGAAGAAGAGUAUUUACCCACAAUCCACCGCUGGUGGAGGUUGAGGGCGCCUUUUGCUAAAACUGUGGCUGCGUGUCUGGCAGGACUGAAGGAUUCCUCAUGCAUGAAAACACUAACGCUGUGAUAUUGUUGGACCAAACUUAUUUUGAUUGAUCUUCUUCACUUUAGUUUACGGCCAAGCAACGCCGGCAUGGCUCCAUUUAGCUUCAUGACAGCAAGUGUUAGCCUUUUGGCGAAGUCCUUCAAUGUCUUCUCCUGCACAAGCACUUCUUUGGCAAGAGUUGUCCAGGCUGCUUACAGCAACCCAGUUAAAUGUCUGUGUACCCAAGCCUAUGGACCUCCAAAGAGGCCUCUCAAUGGAUACAUGAGAUAUUCUGUGCAGCAGAAGCCACACAUGGCGAGGCAAAACCCAGAUUUAAAACUAACGACUAUCAUCAGUAAGAUUGCCCAGGAGUGGAAAACGAUGAGCCAAGAGCAGAAACAGCCGUUUGAAGAUGCCUUUCUGCGUGAAAAGGAACAAUUCAAUAUUGAUUUGAAGAACUAUAGGGCCCAGUUAACCCCAGAAGAGAUCCAACAAGAAGUCAUUGAGAAGAGGGAGAGGCUGGCCAAGAGGAAGGCCAUUCGCAAGAAGCGGAUGUUAACCAGGAUGGGGAUGCCCAAACGCCCCCGCUCACAAUUCAACAUCUUCAUGUCUGAACAUUAUAAGGAAGCCAGAGGAACCACCACACAGGCAAAGAUGAAGUCUCUGUUGGAGGACUGGAGGAAUCUUUCUAACAAUCAGAAACAGAUAUUCGUAGAGUUGGCCAUGGACGACAAAAUCCGUUACAACAAAGAGAUGGCUUCAUGGGAGGAUCACAUGUUGGAAAUCAGACGAGAAGACCUGAUCAGAAACAAGACUUUGUCGGCCAAGAAAAAAGCUUCGGAAACGGCACAGACCAAGACGGUAAAGAAAGUGGCCGAAAAAAGUCCCACUGCAAGAGCCGCGACGACAAGAAGCACGGAGAAGACGAAGGCAAAAAGCAAGGCUUCAAAACCUCAAUCAAAGACUUGAGGUUUGUUUAUCAGUGGUUUGAGGCGUUGUAGACUACUAUUGUUCUGAUAGUAAAGAUUUUCUCUUGAUGGU